CGAUAUCUCUCAGCAGCAAGAAAAUAGCAGAAGGUACAAUGCUAACAGCUUGUUAGCCUCGGUGGUUUCUAAAAUUUCAGACAUCUAGUGUGAUGAAGAAGAAGACUCGCAUCUGUUUCUAAGGGUGGAUCUGAAGAUGUAGCCUACAGUGUGACACCUCUCCACCACCUAACCACUCCUGCCCUGGGAUAAUCAGCCCUCUGCCACCCUCACCCUGGAGUACUUUGACCUGCAUCCAGGGCUGCCCUGUGUGUGACUUGGCCGUCCUCAGUCACUCCGUCCCCAACGUCCUUCGCCAUGCUGUUCUCCCUUAGAGAGCUGGUCCAGUGGCUGGGCUUCGCUACCUUUGAACUCUUCCUCCACCUGCUGGCUCUGAUGGUCUUCAGCAUGUUGGUCGCCCUGCAAGUCGACAAGUUCACCAACGGGCUAAGCUGGUGGCUGGUGUUCGUCCCACUGUUUGCUGCAGACGGCCUCAGCACAUACUUCACUGCCAUCGUGUCCAUCCGGCUUUACCAGGAUAACGAGAAGCGCCUGGCGGUGCUGCGGCUCCUCUGGGUACUAACGGUGCUCAGCCUGAAGCUGGUGUGUGAAGUUCUGCUGUGCCAGAAGCUGGCCCAGCAGGAGCAAGCCAAAGACCUGUGGUUCGGCCUCAUCGUCUCGCCGCUUUUCAUCCUCCUGCAGCUGCUCAUGAUACGAGCGUGCCGUGUCAACUGAGGAGGAGCUGAAGUGUUUCAUCUAACUGUCAACAUAGAAGCAGAAAGCAGCUUUGGGUACAUCCACACUAAUAGGUUUACAUUUUAAAAUGUUCGCACUACUCCAGCAUUUAAAGACCCCUAAAAUAUGCGAGACUGCCCUCGUAUAUUUUAUCCACUCCUGUGUACAAAACAUUAAAUACAACUAACAUGUGUUGAAUAGCCUAUUAAAAUAGAUACAUUAUAAUGAGACAAAAAAAGAAGAAAUCCACAAAAGCAGCACAGUUAAUAAAAAAGUGAAAUAAAAUCUAAAAGCCCAGUGAAUAAAAUGUAAUACAAUUAGCAUAGAAAUGAGAGGGGAAAGAAAUACAGGAAAUAAAUACGGAGUACACGGGAUAAAGACUUCAGGAUGAUAUUGUUGGGGCAAAGUCCUCUGCUGCCUGUAUGUCAAGAUUUUGUGUUGUAGUCUGGACGGGCAGAAACCGAAACUUCUGAAAAUGCUGAUGCAGACACUAACGUUUCUCAUAGGGCCACAAAAAGGAAGUGAAAACACUGUAGCUCGACUUGGAUACCAUUUAUGAUUGCAUUCUUUAUGUUUGUGAAAAGUAUGACUUAAUUUUUAGCUGUUGCCAAGGCUUUCUCAGAUGUUUCACUUUAUCACAAAUCCCACAAGUUACUUUCAACAUCAGUUCUACCCACAGGAAAAAAACAUAUAAAAGAUGAAUGUAGCUUCUGGGUCUUAAAAAAAACAAAAGUGAAGCUAGUGCUAAAGUGCCUUAAAUCUGCCACCAGGGGGCAAUUCCUUUUGGUUUCAAAAUGACUUCUAAUUAUAUAAAAGCCUGUGGGAACAAUCACUUGACUCCCUUGCCCUGUGACGCAUGCAUUUAUUUGUUAAAUUGGUAGUUACAGGUCUUAAUAAAUACAACAUAAAGGUAAUUUUCUAAUCUUUGGUCAUUAUUGGGUCAGAAAUGUGUUAACCAGUGAGCUUGUGGCAUUCCUGUUUCUCAGUCAGAUCCAAACUUCUUAAAACGCAAGUAUCGUGACAGACCUCAAAGCAUAAUAACAGAACUUCACUAACCAACAGGUGAAGUCACAGUGGCUACAUCUAUCUUUUAUAGACAGUUUAUGCUUCCACUUUAUUGUGAUUCCAAGUAAACAAGCCUGUCUUUACGCUCUGUCACUGCUGUUCUUCCCCCAUAGUAUUUUGCAUAAGAUUUGUUUCAUCUUUACACUGGCUCAAGCACACACAUUAGUUCUUAGUCUUCACCAUUAAGAAAAAUCCCUAUUUCCAUUAAAAACAAAUACUACUACUAUUAAUAAUAAUAAUAAAAAUCUUAUCAUCUCAUUAUUCUCCCGUUGUUGUCCAGACUGCACAAGUGAAACAUGUUGGUCUGGACAUGGACAUUUUCUGGUUUAAAAUACAAAUAUGUUAGUGUGGGUGUAGCCUUCAUCUGCCAUUAGAGAUUUUAAAGCAUAACCAUUUUUAUUUUUGUUUUCUUUGGUUCAUUGGCACCUCCCUCCCCCAAAAAAAAUAAAAUAAAAAAUGAGCGUUUCACAUUUCAGGAAACACGCAGUUAAUUUCUAAUUGCUUUAACAUGCAUAAUAAACAGAAAAUUUUCUCACCUGCUUGAGUUAUUAUUAAAAAAAAUCUAAAGAAGAAGCACACUUGCAGGAUAUAUUUUGGUGUGCAGGUUUUGUGAUACAUUUGAAAGAGCUUGUAUUUGGACCAUAGUGGCACAUCUGCACUGAGCAGUCAGUGGUAGAAAAUUUACUCCAGAGGUAUCGCUCUAAUGCACACGUACACUCAAUGUUAAAGCAGCAAAGCCUCAGGCAACCUUUUUGAGCAACUUUCAUGACGUUGCUGCAGCUUUAUUGAUUGCUGUUUCCCUCCUUGGACUGAGAAACUGCUUGCCAGCAAAAAUGUGUUCAGGAUUUUAAUCUUGUGUGUUCAUCAAACUCCAUCACAGAGAAGUGGUUUGGACUUGAUAAAAAGCUGGAUGUGAAAACUGUCGGGACUCAGAGGGGAUUGUUUUACACAUCAUCCCUAAAAAAACAAACAAACUGCUGUUUACUUUGACAACAUGUAAUGUGUUUAGUCUAUUUUGAGUCCUUUGCUGUCUGUGUAGUGCAUGUAUUUAAGGCCUCACUUUAGGGUAAAUCCUGAUGUUAAAUUCUGUGUAUAUGUUGAUUUUUUUUUCUUUUUUUAAAAAAAAAUAAAUUAAAAUGUUAUUUAUGUUCUUUUUUUUCUGUGCCACCUUUUUAUUGUCAUCUGUAU